GCCCUGGCCUCGGAGGGUUGAGUGGAGAAGGAGAUGCGUCGAAGGGACUAUUCCACCUUAAGAACCCACCGGCCCCUCUGCGCUCCCUCUCCCCGAAGAGCUACGGAAACCCGCCAGGCCGACACCGCGCACAGCUCGCUUGGCACUGAGGUUAUGCAAACGACUCCUCGCUCCCCGUAUCGAGCCCCGGUGCGAUGGUUGCCAUGUCUGACCUGCUAUCCCCACAUCUCCAGUUUCACAGACACCACAACACUGCUACAGAUAAACCACUGCCACCUUCAUGAAGUAUAAUUUACAUUCAACGUGUGGGUAUAGCUUAUAGGCUAUAUGAGCACAGCGUAAAAGUAGCAGGGGCGAAAAGUAUAUGAGUUUUUAGUGUAAAUGAUGAGAGCGUUUAGGGGGAGGACGGUGGUAUGGGGAGAGGAGUGAGGGCUAUAGUCCCGCCUACAAGCAGAGCAGGGGAAAAAAUGGUUCUGGGCCAAACGCGUCCCACUCCACAUUGAUUGAUUAUUAUGGCACGUCUCUAUGUCUGCGUUUUGUUGCGCACGAGAUUUCGUCUCUAAAAGAUCAAAGGGGCUUCAGGAAGGGGUGGUCCCGAGUAGGGGGAUAUAUAGGGAGCCGGGAUCUGUCCGUCUUUAAGGCAAAAUCAGAGCAGAAACUAGACGGCACAGUAGAAAAAAACCUGCGCCCGAAGUCACAUAGAAACUCAAACAGCUGUUGAGCAUUCAAGAGAGGGCUGAAAGAAACACCAACGUUCCGAAGAGUUGGAAUUUAUCUACUGCUGAGCUUUUUUCGACCAAGAGAAUAUAAGAAGACUCGAACUUGAAGCAACAAGAUAUGAAGUUUGAGCUGUAGACUAUUUUGAAUGGGGUUUGCACUGGAUUUGUUUCCGUUUUAGUUUUUUUACACUUACACAAUUUCUGGAGGUGUUUUAGUUCUUGGGCUGAUAUUUUUUAGUUAUUAGUGGAGUCUUUUACGGAUUUUACUUGCUUCGGUCAGACACUUCAAUAUAAUUGUAUCUUUCAGUUUGAAAGGUCUGACACGGAAUAUGAUGUGGUUCGUUUGCGUCUCGUUCAGUUUGAUUACCGCUCUGUGCGUGAGCGCGGCGCACGGCACAUGGGAGGAAAGUACAGUUGUACCGGUCAGACUCGACCCGGUUCGGCCGGAGAGGGAAGCCGAGCAGGGCCGGACCCUUUCGGUAGAGGAGAGAGAGAAGGAGUCGGAGAUGCGGGUAUACCGGUUGGACGUAUUUGGCAAACGGGUGGUCUUGGAGCUAGAGCCGGACCAGACCUUCCUGGCACCUGGGUUUGUGUUCCAUGUGGUGGGGAGCCCGGAGUUGCAGGCGCAGCGGGAAUCUGACAGCAGCGCAGCCGAGACUCGGUGCUUCUUCUCAGGCACGGUGAACGGGGAGGAGGACUCCGCAGCUGCGCUCAACCUGUGCCACGGACUACGGGGCGGCUUCUACCUCCAAGGUGAAGAGUACUUCAUCUAUCCCAAUAAUGCGACUGAUGCACAGCCUAUUGAUGGGGACCUCCACCUCAUUCGCCGGAGAGGUCGGGAAUCUUUUGCAGAGGAGAGCAGCUCAAAGUGUGGGGUCAACGAGGACGAGGACAGGUUUCCAGAGAAUCAGGAGACAAAAGUAAACCAUGGAACCACUAACCCCGACCACCCAGCCCACCACCAGCGGUCCAAGCGCUUUGUGUCCACGCCUCGCUUCGUGGAGAUCAUGAUCGUGGCCGAUCAGUCCAUGGCCGAGUUCCACGGUGCCGGACUCAAGCCCUACCUGCUCACCAUCAUGGCGGUGGCAUCGCGCCUCUACCGCCACCCCACCAUCCACAACUCCAUCAGCCUAGCCGUGGUCAAGCUCUUGGUUGUCUACGAGGAGGAGAGCGGCCCCCAGGUGUCGUCUAACGCUGCCCUGACCCUCCGCAACUUCUGCCAGUGGCAGCGGCAGCACAACCCGCCCAGCGACCGCCACCCAGAGCACUACGACACGGCCGUGCUCUUCACCCGAACGGACCUGUGCGGCGCCCACUCCUGUGACACGCUAGGCAUGGCGGAUGUGGGCACGGUGUGCGACCCGGAGAGGAGCUGCUCCAUCAUCGAGGACGACGGGCUGCAGGCGGCAUUCACCGUGGCACACGAACUCGGCCACGUGUUCAACAUGCCCCACGAUGAUUCCAAGCAGUGUGCCAGCGUCAACGGUGACCAUUGGGGCUCGCACAUGAUGGCGUCCACCCUGUCCAACCUGGACCAACUCCAGCCCUGGUCGCCUUGCUCCGCCCUCAUGGUCACCUCCUUCAUGGACAAUGGACACGGCCAGUGCCUAUUGGACAAGCCCCACAAGUCCCAGCCGCUGCCUGCCACGCUACCCGGAACCGUGUACGACGCUGACCGCCAAUGUCGCCUGACUUUCGGGGAGGAGUCACAGCACUGUCCCGACCUGAGUACCACAUGUGUGGCGCUCUGGUGCACAGUGACCACAACCAAUGGACUGCUGGUCUGUCAGACCAAGAACUUCCCGUGGGCUGAUGGGACGCGGUGUGGCCAUGACAGCUUCUGCCUGGCGGGACAUUGUCUGAGCAAGACGGAGGCCGCUCGUCACCAGACUCCAGUCAACGGUGCCUGGGGAGUAUGGGGACCAUGGGGAGACUGUUCCCGUACCUGCGACGGAGGGGUGCAGUUCUCCUUCAGGGACUGUGAUAGCCCUCUGCCCAAAAACGGGGGGAAGUACUGCGAGGGCAAGAGGAUCCAAUAUCGGUCCUGUAACACAGAAAUCUGCCCUGAUAGCAACGGUGUGUCGUUCCGCGAGGAGCAGUGUCUGGCCCACAACGAUAUUUCGUCACAGGUGUCGUUCGGUUCGGGAGAGGGCGUGGAGUGGGUUCCCAAAUAUGCCGGCGUCUCGCCCAAAGACCGCUGCAAGCUGGUGUGCCGGGCCAAGGGCACGGGCUACUUCUUCAUUCUGAAACCCAAGGUGGCUGACGGUACUCCCUGCAGCCCGGACUCCACCUCAGUGUGUGUGCAGGGUCAGUGUGUGAAGGCGGGCUGUGACCGAAUCAUCGGCUCCAGCCGUCGCUUCGACAAGUGCGGCGUGUGCGGAGGCAACGGCUCAACCUGCAAGAAAGUGUCGGGUGCCCUGGAGCGUGCCAGGCCUGGUUACCAGAACGUCGUGACCAUCCCCGCUGGCGCCACUCACCUGGACGUGAAGCAACGUGCCCCCGGUGGUGGUCGCCAUGACAACAGCUACCUGGCAGUGUUGCGCCAGGACGGCACCUACCUCCUGAACGGCGACUACAAGCUGAUGACUCUCGAAACAGACAUCGCCCUCAAGGGGGCGUUGCUGCGAUACAGCGGUAGCUCUGCCUCCCUGGAGCGUCUACGCAGCUUCUCGCCCCUCCCCGAGGCCCUGACCAUCCAGGUAUUGUCUGUAGGCGACUCGCCCCGUCCCCGUGUCAAAUACAGCUACUUUGCCCCGAGGCCCGCUUUGGCAUCACCUAGUGGUGGAACGGUGGCACGCCGCCAGUCCAUCAAUGCCAUCCGGGAGCUGGGGGACGCUGAGUGGACCCUGCGGGAGUGGGGCCCAUGCUCGCAGAGCUGUGGGGUCGGUACUCAACAGAGGGAGGUGCUGUGUCUGGAUCCCCAGGGGCGGCCAUCGCGGGAGUGCCCGGAGGAGCUGCGCCCGUUGGCUUCACGCCCCUGCGCCCCACAACCCUGUCCUUCAUGGUUCCUGGGGGAGUGGUCGGCGUGCUCCAAGAGCUGUGGCCGUGGGUUCCGCAAGCGCCCGCUACGCUGCGUGGGACACAACGGGCGUACGCUUGCCCACGAGAGCUGCGACCCCAAAGACAGGCCUCGACCACUGCUGGACUUGUGCAACCAGAGCGCCUGCUAAGACUGUCGGGACUCACCUCAUUGUUACGUCCCUGAAGGACAGCUCAUGAAAGAAAGAAAGAAAGAAAGAAAGAAUGAAAAAGACUAAAACAACCAUAUCGUCAUGAACUUUGCGCCUGAUAACACAUUGACCUAUCAUGAGAAUGUUUACAUCCCAAGCAGAGUGCUUUCGUGGGUGUUUUCGGGGGGUCCAAUGUGGCCGACUGAUUGACUGACACUGCAGAGCCAACAACCUCUCUCUCAACUCCCUCCAGCUUGUUUGAGGGUAGACUUUAGUAUUGUUUGGGUCUGCUUCGUGGCACUGCCACCCCUAGAACACCACACAGACUUGGUGCAGCUGCUCACUGGGCUGGCAUGGGGGCACAAUGCAGGCACACUGUGACCUUCUCCCUCCCUCUACCCCCCACCCAUGUCAGUGGAGCUGAGAUGGAGGAAGAGUUUAAGUGGACACUUCUCUUUCGAAAAAGCAUGCUGCUUUAGGUGCCAAUGACAUGGCUUGUGUUUGUUUGUGUGUGUGUGUGUGUGUGUGUGUGUGUGUGUGUGUGUGUGUGUGUGUGUGUGUGUGUGUGUGUGUGUGUGUGUGUGUGUGUGUGUGUG